UAUUUUCUUUCUUUACUGGUUUGUUAAUUCAUACGUCAAGCUCAAUUAGCUUUUUAAUUGUUCCCCUCUGUUUCUGUGGCAAAACAAAUGUUAAUUAAUAGGAUUAUGAGUCUCCACUAGCAAUCUAUUUAUGAUAUUUAAUAAUUUAUAUUGUACUGCUUUUUUAAUAUAUAAAUUAAUUUGAUUCCACAUUUUUUUUAAAAAAGGUAUGAAAUUAUCAGAGAUUAUGGCAAAAAGCUCCAACACAUAAUAUUUAGAUUCAAUAGCUAUUGGGUAUCCCAAUAGAUGAGUUGACCUUUUUAUAUUUAUCGAGUAUCAAAUAGUGAUUAGCUAGCUCAACAACUAAAACAAACAACCCUUUAAAUUACAGAUAGUAAUCGUAAUAAAGUUGGGAGUGAGUUCGCAUUGCAAAGAAUGUAAAAGGCCAAUGAUAAUGUUGAAUUUUGAAGAGUGUGAAUAUCAAAUUGGUAGGCUAUACAUCACCAAAAUGGCUUUGGUUUGCGAACACUUAUAUGCUAUUUGAUUUUUUUGUACAUUGCCGAUAUGAGAUUUGUUCCCACAAGUGAUAUUCCAACACUCCCGCCCAAGUGGCAACCUAGACAUCCGAUUAGCACUUAAAACCUGAAACUGAAACUGAAACUGGGCCCUACCUGCUUUGAUACCAUGCUACUAAAAUAGGAGAAAUUCUAUUUUCUUCUUAAUGAGAUUGAUACAAUAUAUAUACUGCAAUCGUUUAUUCUAAUUAGGAAUCUAAUUCCUAUAGUUAUGCCCUGUAAUAGGAGCAUAAUCCUAGCUAAUUUAGGAAUCUGUCUAUCUAUCUAUCUAUACACACCAUAAUAAUAAUAAUAAUAAUAAUAAUAAUAAUAAAAGAGCCAAUCUUAACUAGCCACUGCCUUCUCAUCUUGACCAAUAUUCACAUUGGGAUUUGGGAAAAGGUGAGAGUGGCCAUCCUUUACAAUGAUAGAACUGCCGAAGAUUGAGCACCUUAGAAAAUUCUAAUUAGUGCCAUUGAAGCUUGAGCAACAGGCUUGAAUAUAAAUUUUAUGUACAAACAAUUGCAAAAAUUAAUUUUUUUUGCACCAAACUAUGUAAAGAACUUCCAAAUAGUGAAAGCUUGUUUGGAAUAAAUGAAUUUUAUAAAAUUUUUAUAUUAAUAUGUCCACACAUAUAAUAGUAUUCUGAAAAAUUCAUUUUGACUUUUACCUUUAUUUUUUCAUUGAUGAGAACUGUAAUUUAGAGGGAAAAAAAAACUUAAAUAGUUCUAUUGUAGCCUUGUGGAAGAAAUGGAGGAAAAAUCAUUUAUAGCUACAUGGUUGAGCAUUGUAUUUGUGACUGUAUCAUGAUCACCAUACUGAAGCACUAAGUUAUCUCUUUGUAAAGAAAUUAAAAUUACUUGGGAAUAAUCAGUUUGAGAGAUAAAAUGUAAUUGCACAUAACUAAUGCAACUCGAUCAAAAUUUGAUAAAUAUGAUUGCAUUCUACAGAAUUACAUCUUGUAAGAUGGAAGUUGUUGGAGAAGCUAUUCUCUCUGCUCUUCUUAAGCCUUUGGUUAAAAAAUUGACCUCCUCAGAAUUGCUCAAGUUUGCAAGGGAAAAGCAAAUACAAGAUGAGCUCAGGAAGUGGGAGUCAAAAUUGUUGGAAAUUCAUGCGGUGGUCAAUGAUGCAGAAGAGAAGCAAAUAACAAACCCAGCCGCAAAAAUAUGGCUAAGCAAGCUACGAGACUUGGCUUAUGAUGUGGAGGAUAUACUGGAUGAAUUUGAAACAAAAGCUUUGGGAAGCAAGCUAAAGGCAAAAUCUAAAGCGAGCACAAUUACAGCACAGAAGCAAAUCCCAGUCAAUUGCUAUGGUCUGAAGUCAGGUGGAGCUAUACCUAAUGUGAAGAAAGGGAACAAGCUAAGGGAGAUUACUACAAGAUUGCAAAACCUUGCAACAGAGAAAAAUGACCUGAACUUGAGAACAAGUGAAGAAGGAAGGUCCAUCAAAGAAAAUGAAAGAGUGCCAACAACAUCCUUGUUGAAGGAACGGAAUGUUUAUGGGAGGGAAAAUGAUAAGGAGGCUAUACUUCAAUUGUUGAUGAGUGAUGAAGCAAGUGAUUCUCGAUUCUCAGUGAUUCCCAUAAUUGGAAUGGGAGGUGUUGGGAAAACAACACUUGCUCAACUCAUUUACAAUGACAAUAGAGUGCAAUUUGGUUAUAAAGCAUGGGUUUGUGUUUCUAAUGAUUUCGACAUCCUCAAGAUAACCAAAACAAUUCUACAUUGUGAAAAUUAUGAAGCUAAUGACUUCAACUCGCUUCAAGUGCGAUUGAAGGAGAAGUUAUCUGCAAAGAGGUUUUUGAUUGUUCUAGAUGAUGUUUGGAGUGAGAAGUAUGAGGACUGGACUACCCUUUGUAGUCCUUUUGCUUCAGGAGCACCGGGAAGUAGAGUCAUUGUCACAACUCGUAUUGAAGGAGUUGCAAAACUAAUGGGUACUGUUGAUCCAUAUACAUUAAAGGAGCUGUCAUAUGAUGAUUGUUUGUCUCUAUUUACCCGGCAUGCCUUAGAAGCAAAAAAUUUUGAUGCACACCCAGAGUUGGCAAAGAUUGGACAAGCAAUAGUUAAGAAGUGCAAGGGAUUGCCUUUGGCAGCGAAAACUCUUGGAGGCCUUCUACGUGGGAAACAACGUUUUGAAGAGUGGGAAUAUAUAUCGAAUAGUGAUAUAUGGGAUUUACCAGAAGAGAAAAGUGGCAUCCUUCCUGCUUUAAGAUUGAGUUACCAUCAUCUUCCAUCCCAUUUGAAGCAAUGUUUUGUGUAUUGUGCAAUUUUUCCGAAUGAUUAUGAAUUUGAUAAGAGUGAGUUAGUUUUAUUGUGGAUGGCAGAGGGCUUUUUGCAUCAGCCAAAUAAAAAGAAGCAUAUGAAGGAUUUGGGCUGCAAAUAUUUUGAUGACUUAUUAUCAAGAUCCUUUUUUCAACAAUCCACGAAUGACAAAUCACGAUAUGUUAUGCAUGACCUAGUGAGUGAUCUGGCUCGAUUUGUUGGAAGAGAAAUAUGUUUUCAGUUGGAAGAUAAGUCAGAGGGUGAAAAAUCAUAUCCAGAGAUUCGCCAUUCAUCAUUCAGUAGUCAUUACAAUGAUAUUGAGCAAAGAUUUGAAGUUUUCUACGAAAUGAAGAAUUUGCGAACCUUCUUAGCAUUACCUUAUGAACAAUAUGGAAAUCUAAGUAGUAAGGUGUUGCAUGAUUUGGUGCCAAAAUUAAAAUGCUUAAGGGUUUUGUCACUGGCAAGCUAUUUUCUGCUAGAGUUGCCGAGCUCUAUUGGUGCACUAAUUCAUCUACGAUACCUUGACUUGUCUCAGACUGGUAUUGAAAGGUUACCUGAGUCAAUAACUGAACUCUUCAACUUGCAGACAUUAAGAUUGUAUGGGUGCGAGAGACUUAUAAAGUUGCCUGUAGGAAUCAGCAACCUGGUCAACUUAUGCCACCUUGAUAUUGGUGGUACGUCUAGCUUGCAAGAGUUACCACCACAUAUAGGUAAUUUGAAAAAUCUUUGUGUGCUGCCUAAGUUUAUUGUGGGAGAAGGCAGUGGAGUUGGGAUAAAAGAGUUGAUGAAAUUGUCAGAUCUACAAGGGCAUCUUCAUAUUUGUGGGCUGCAUAAUGUGGCAAAUGUUCAAGAUGCAAAGUAUGCCAAUUUGAAGGAAAAGCAGGGCCUUUGUGAAUUAACCUUAGAAUGGGAUUAUUUCAGUGGCUCAAGAAAUGAAGGACAUGAACUGCAAGUCCUCAAUUCACUGCGACCUCAUCAAAAUCUAGAGAAGCUCUACAUUGAGGGGUAUGGUGGUAGCAAAUUUCCAUUGUGGAUAGAGGAUUCUGCAUUCACAAAUAUGGUAGAGUUAAAUCUUCGAAAUUGUCAUAAAAUCACAUCUAUACCACAGCUCGGACACCUGCCCUUACUUCGAUACUUAAGGAUACAAGGCAUGGAUGAAGUGAAAACAGUGGGUGUUGAGUUUUAUGGGGAUAGAUCUCUUAUGAAGGGUUUUCCGUCAUUGGAGACUCUAUAUGUAGGGAACAUGCCAGAGUGGGAGCAAUGGUCAUGGUCUACUGGCGACCAUGAAGGGACUGCAGGAAAAUAUCCAAAGCUGCGAGAGCUUACAGUAAGCAGUUGUCCCAAGUUGAUUGGAAAAUUACCCAGGUGCCUUCCUUCUCUUGAAACACUUAGUAUAGACUAUUGUCCACAGUUAGAAGAUUUACCUGAAAUGCUUCCAGCUCUUCGUGAACUGGAUGUUGAUGACUGUCGAGAAGUGGUUUUCAAAAGUGUGUCUGAUCUUCCCUCCCUCACUACCUUAAACAUUCAGGGAAUUUCAGGCCUUAUAAGUUUAGAUGAGGUGCUUAUACAGGCCUUGGUAUCACUUAAACAUCUGAAGAUUGCAUGUUGUGAGGAACUGAGAUACUUGUGGAGAAAUGGAACUAAUUUAAACAAACUGGAUUCUCUGAAGAGUUUAGAAAUUUCUGGAUGCCCACAGCUAGUAUCAUUGGUAGGGGGAGAGGAUGGACUUUUACCUUCCAAUCUUGAAACUUUGCAGAUAGGAACUUGUGAUAACCUGGAGCAGCUGCCACAUGGUCUGGGUAGCCUCACAUCUCUGAAGAAUUUGGAGAUUGAUGAUUGCAAGUCACUUGUGUCAUUGUUAAAGAGAGAGGAAGAGCUGUUACCUUGCAAUCUCGAAAAUUUGCUGAUAACAAGAUGUUGGAACCUGGAGAAGCUGCCAAAUAGCCUGGGCAACCUUGCGUCUCUCAGAAAUUUAGAAAUAUAUGAAUGCCCAAAACUUGUGUCAAUUCCAGCAACAGGUUUGCCUUCCAGUCUUAGAAGUCUUAACAUUUUUGCUUGUAAUUCUCUGGAGUACCUUCCUGAGAUAUCUCAUCUUGAGAAGUUUGAAAUCUCCAAUUCUCUGGAGUACCUCGCAUCUCUGAGUCCCUUUGCACCCCGUUUUCAAAACUGGGAUUCACAGAAGAGACUUGAAAUUUACAAUUGCUCAAUGCAGUUAUUAGAGUUCCUACACGAGGGGAUUGUACAUCUUACUUAUUUAGAAUUAAUAGACUGUCCUGCGUUGGAGUCGUUCCCAGACGGGGGAUUGUACAUACCCACUCUCACUUCUUUUACCAUUCAGAAUUGUGAGAAUUUGAAGUUUCUGCCUAAUCAGAUGCAAAUCCUCACCUCUCUUCAGAACUUAGAGAUUAAUAAUUGUGGUAUAGAUUCCUUUCCAGAAGAAGGUUUGCCCCCAAAUCUAAUCAAACUUUAUAUCAGUGAUUGCAAUAAUCUGACACAACCCAUGUCAGAGUGGGGACUCCAUGCGCUCACCUCUCUUAGAGAAUUUGAAAUCUAUGGUCGUUGUACAGAAGUGAUUUCUUUUCCAGAUGAUGAUGGACUGUUGCUUCCUGCUUCUCUAAUCCGUCUUUACAUUGGAAGAUUCAAGAAUUUGAAAUCCAUAUCCAGUGGCCUCCAAAAUCUGUCCUUUCUGAGAACAUUAUACAUUUCUAACUGCCCUAAACUCCGGUUCUUGCCAAAGGAAGGUUUCCCUGCCACACUUGAAGACAUAGAAAUCCGCAGCUGCCACCUUCUGAGUAAAAGGUUAAAUCAGAAAAGAGACUAUUGGCCCCUAAUUGCCCAUAUUCCCCGGGUUGAGGUAGAUGGUGCUCGCAUCCAUGAAAUGAAAAGGGAAGAAGAAAAUCAUCUAUUUCACUUCAAUUGGCUUCGAAGAACUAUUGAUGAGUAGUAGUUUAUCAUAUUACUGGCACCAAAAAAUUGUGAAGCACUUAAAAUUUCUUGCUUCUUCUCAUUUAAAUCUUGUAAGGUUUCUUAGUGCUUCACUAGCUAUUGACAAAUGGGCUGCAUUUCACACACAAGUUGCAAAUUGAAGUUUUCUGUCGAGGUUUUGCUCGUUUGUAUUGCAAUUCUGCUCUCCAGUUUAGAAACUGUUUAAUGUGUGAGGUAUGGGGACCUUGAACAGUCUAUCUUGAAUGAUUGUGGUCACUGAAUUUGCAUAUGCAUACAGACAGACCAGCACUUUAGAAACUCAUGGAAAGGAAUAAACAGAACCUCACCUCUUAUCAGCAGUGAGUGGCACUUGAAAACUCAGUUCACUACCUACUGAAUUUGUUUCUCUUGUUACUAUAAUUUGAUACUAAAAUUCAGUUCCACAGGCACAAAGUCUCAUUUCUCAUUGAUCUGACGAUAAUAUGCUGAAUUAUAAAAUUUAUAUUUAUUGACACAUGCUUUUACUCAAUGUUCUAAUGUGUUAUAUUAUGCGACUCCCCUAAAAUUAGUUAUUGGUUUAAUUGGAUUAUAUUUCUUGAAUGGAUAAUAUUCUCUGCGUUCCUACUUGUGUUGCUUCUGUGAAUUCUAGUAAUGGAUAAACAGUUUUUCUUUUUCUUUUUUAUUUUAGGGGUUAUGAAUCCAUUUUUGGCUUAAUUAACCUGCUAUCAGCAAAGAAGUACCCAAUCAAUGCCUUGUCCAAAUUAAAAUAUGGUCAAAUCCAACUAUGAAACCGAAAAUACCUGGUUUUCUAGGUCCUAUCGAGCUCAAGCCAAACAAUAUGGAAAGUGUUGCAGGCUUUUUUCAAUUACAUGCUUCACAACAGUGAUUGUUUGCUUCUUCCAGAUAAAGUCUCAAAACUCCAUAGGGUUUGAAAGGCUUACUAAUCCACAACACCAUCUCUCUUUGGGAAUUGCAUACUUGGACAUGUCCUAAGCUUCUUGUCUUGUUAAGGCCGAUGUAUUCAUCAAGGUAGAAAAGGGAAGUUGGUAAACUUCUGUGAUCAAAGAUUCAAACUGUUUACAUGGAGUGUCUUUCUGGCAAGUUUGUCAUUUCUAAGCAAGGAAGACUUGCUUUAAUGAGGCAGAUGGAAGCAUAAUCUCUCCUGCUCUGAAUGCAUGACGCCAUCCUUGUGCUUGAGAAUUAUGUUUUAUGUUGUGACAUGGGUAGCAUAGAUUAUUGUUUUGUCUAAACAAGUCUACUGUGAUGACCCAGAGAGAUUCUAAGGAAAGGAAAUGAUUUUGUCAUGUUUGGAUGGAUAAUGUUUUGCUUGAAUUCUAAUAUCUUGAUGUUGCACCAACCAAGCUCUACAAGAUGAACAAUGAUCAUUGAGCGGAGGUCCUCAUUAGCGCAGAAGAUAUUAGUAAGCAAAGUCUUCCCAUUCAGACGCUGCAUUGUUGUCAGCUUUUUCUCUAUUUUCUCUACAAAAUCUUUGGUAUAGAAUCAUUGUCUUCUCCAAUUAAGCCUUUGCUCUUCAGGCAACAUACCAACUUCUAUACAAAAUUUAAGCUUAAUUUCGUCAUUGCCUUUUGGGUUGGCCAUUGGCGAGAACAAGAAAAGUGAAAUGAUUGGCUUGUCGGCAAUUUUAAGAACUUUCAAAUGGUAUUAGCUUAUUUGGUAUAAAAUUCUACGUAGCAUGUUUAUAAAGCUCAAUGUAUCUUGUUUGAUAUGCCAAUGAAUUCUUUUUUGUUUUCA